CCUGGCUCUAGGCUGCUGGUGAGAUGUCGCUGAGAUUUGAGAGAAAAGUUAAAAAAAGAAAAAGAAAACACGGGUGAAACUUAUUAAAUCAAAGGGAUAUAUUAGACAUCAAAUUUUGGACAUCCUUUGGGUAUAGCUUUCUUUAACAUUUUUCCCCCAUUUUAAAUGAUACGUAAAAUCAUUCCAUCUUGCAUGAAAAUAUCCGCAUCAUCCAUUUUAUUUUCGAAGUAGGCAUAGAUGCCCGUUACUAAGACACGCCAUUCUCAUGAGCUUAUCGUGCUUUUUAGUUUAAAUUUGUUGGUUAAGUUUUGGUGUGGGAUGUUUAUAACAACCUUUCGAAGUCAGUCUUUCCUUUUCUAAAUAAAUAGAUAAAAAUCUCUCGUGACUCGUGAAAUUUUCGUGCUGUAUUAUGAUCGCAUCCUUGCAAUGGAGAACAAUUUCUUAAGAGAUUUAAGGUUAUGAAGGUUAAAUUGCUCAUGUAGUGCGUCACUACCACCGCCCGUUAUGUGUCGAAUAUGGAUGAACGUAGUCGCUGGCAAGGAAAUGAAGGAGGGCAUUUGCUUGCUCUCUGUUAUUGGCACGGUUAUCGUGCUCAUCAGGAUAGUUUUGAUGAUCAUUGUAGCAGUCAGCUAUCAUAGCGCAUAUGCAGGAUUCGCACUUAUUGAUAUUUUUGCACUUCUUGCAUUUUUCUUGAUCUAUAAGAACAUUGAAUGUGAGCGCGAUUUUUGGAUCCUGCUUGGUGUGACGAUUCACAUUGUCGUGAUAAUCUAUCUCAUUGUUUUUUGCCUCGUCGCCGUUGUGUGGAUGCUGCUAUACAAGACAGAGUUUCACAAUUUCUUGAUCACACUCCUGUUGACAUCCGUGUCAAUGAUUUUCCUAGUUUUCGGGAUUUACUACGUGAUGGCAGUUCUCUCCGAAUACAACCAACGGAUGCUCGUUAAAUAUUGCCGCAGUCGAGAAAGUCAGCACGAGAGUGUUGAAUGCUGUUCUGAGUAGAAGUUCCAGGAUGGGCAAAAAAUGCAGUCAAGCGGAUGGAACAAAGAUAAUUUAGAACAAUGUUUAUUUAAAUCGAUUGUACUUAAAUUGUUUCAUCUUCAUUGGACGACACUAGGAGCAUGGCGUUUUUGUGGGGGGGGGGGGAGUGCAAAAAAUGACGGAUUUUAUUCAUCACACAAUUAAUUUUGUCUUUCUUGGUAUUAAUUUUACAUUGUCUUAUGUUUGUUUCGUGCCCCGGUGAAAAAUAGAAAGCUUUGUCUUGUUUUUGAUUGAUUAAAUAUAUUCAAGGAUGGCUCUUAUUAAAAAUAA